CGUCAGCGGCGGCAGCGGAAGGAAGGCAGAGAGAGAGAGAGGAGAGCGAGGCCGGCCUUCCUCACCCAACACAACAUCCCCGCCAGGUGCGGAUGGCGUCGGCUGUGCCUCCCACCCAGAGCCUACGCCUGGAGAACGCGGCCAUUUUGUCCGAAGGGGCCUUGCAGGAUGGGCACCGCCUCUGGAUUGGAAACCUGGACCCCAAGAUUACAGAGUACCACCUGCUGAAGCUCCUCCAGAAAUUUGGGAAGGUGAAGCAGUUUGACUUCCUGUUCCACAAGUCGGGGGCCUUGGAAGGGCAGCCCAGGGGAUACUGCUUUGUGAACUUCGAGACCAAGCAGGAAGCCGAGCAAGCCAUCCAGUGCCUCAACGGCAAGCUGGCGCUCUCCAAGAAGCUGGUGGUGCGGUGGGCCCACGCCCAGGUCAAGAGAUUCGAUCCAAACAAGAACGAGAAGAUCCUUCCCAUCAGUCUCGAGCCGUCGUCCAGCACAGAGCAGGCCCAGUCCAACCUGAGCGUGAGCACGAAGAUCAAAGCCAUCGAGGCCAAGCUGAAGAUGAUGGCGGAGAACCCGGACGCGGAGUUCCCCCCGGCGGGUGCGACGACCUCCCCGGCCCCCUACGCCUACUUCCGGCCCCCGGACAAGAAGCGGGCCGCCCCUUACAAGGCCCGUGGGGCCUCCUGGAGGUCCAAGAGAUGAUCCCGGGGCCAUCUCGGUCGGUCAAGGAUUGGCGAGUCCUCUCCGGCGGCGGAAACGCAACAACGCCGGCGUCGCCCCCGAGAGAAAGCAAACUCAAGUUGGUUUGGGUCGCAAGGAACACCUUCUCUCCGCGGUCCGUUUGGCCUCCGGGAAAACCCAGGAGAGGCGAAAGUUCUGCUGUGCCUCGGGGUCCGGAAAUGGACAUUUGGACAAAUGGACGUUACAUAAACAGGACUCUCUCUUUUUUAAAAAACACAGUUGUACAUAAAUAAAACUUGGUGCAGGCA